AUGGCUUUAGAAAUAACUACAGCUGUAAGCAGGUUGAUGCAUAACAAGGGUGAACCGAAGACUAGCAAGAAAAGAUUGCUAGGAGUAGUGGCACAAUCUAUUAAGCUGUAUGCUGCUCCUAUAUGGGAAUGCAGAUCGUAUAGGACAAUUUUUCAAGACGCAGUGCAGGUGAUAGCUGGUGUGCCACCAAUAGAGCUCCUUGUUCUGGAGAGAGGUGAGAGGCAGAAGGACGCGACCACAGCGGAUGCUAGAGUCAGACUGCUGCAAAAAUGGCAAGAUAAAUGGCACAGGUCGGAGAAAGGAACCUGGACUCCUAAUCCCGCAAAUAGAGGCUUGGUUAAGCAGAAAUCAUGGUGA